GGAGGAAGGAGGAGGCGGCGGCUCUGGGCUUCCAACUGGAUAGCUGGAGAACCUGGAGUGAUGGAUAGUAUUGCAGCGUGCUGUUUUGAAAGGAGCACUGUGCCACAUUUGGCGUUCCAUUUUGCUUGCAGAUAGUCUUAAGUCUGGCUGGAGAGAUGCAUUUAAGACUCUGCUGGUCAAAGGAUAGUCAUGAUGGAUAGUCCUCCUCCUCUCAAUACUGAUCCAGAUUUCUCACUGAGCCACAGACCUGAAAGUGGCUCUGAGGGAUCAGAACCCCCAGUAUCCCUGGGGGACUGGAGUGACAGUGAGAAUGAGCCAGACUCUGGUGGAAGCUCAUCAGGCCGCUCUGGGAAGAACUUUCUCAGGAUCCCCUCCCCAAACAAGAAUGUUGCCGGCCAGGCUUCCAAAGAUAAGGUAGCCAAAGUGCAUCUCUUCUGGCUAUCCCGCUGCAAAGCCCAGCAGCAUCGGAAGCCAGAGUCUGUGUCCCACAAGGCAGAGACACUCAUGGAGAGCACAGGAGACGCUAGGCAUUCCCAGGGGAGGCACCUCCAGUUGCAGGAUGCUCAUGAGGAAUCUGUGGAGAGCUGGCAGGAAGCUGGGGAGAAAGGGGACACCCCAGAGGACAUUGUGCAGCUGAUAGACGAGCACGGCGUAUAUUCCUCUGCCAAGCUGGUGCCCACCCCAGGACUGGCACUCCUCUCUUCCUACCAACAGCAGCUUUUGGAACACGGCAGCCGGGAGAGGGAGGACUUGGAGAUCCGGGAGGUGAUUGUGGAUGAGAAGCCAUUUCAGUGUGCCGUCUGUGCCAAGGCCUUCAAGCGGGCAUGGGAGCUGUUCAGCCAUGAGGUGGUCCACAAUGAGGAGCGCCCGUUCCAUUGCCAGCUGUGCCAGGCCUCCUUCAAGCGUCACUCUGACUACAAGAGCCACUCUCUCGUGCACACGGAAGAGCGGCCUCACCGCUGCGAGCUGUGUGGGAAGCGUUUCAAGCGAGCGUCCAACCUAGCAGAGCAUCGCCGCAUCCACUCGAGCGAGCGGCCUCACCGCUGUGUGGCCUGCACCAAACGCUUCAAGACACCCUAUGAGUUACAGCGGCACAUGCUCACGCAUUGUUCAGAGCGGCCCUUUGCCUGUGCAGCCUGCGGGAAGGGUUUUGCAGCAGCAGGGGCCCUCCUCUUGCACCAGCGGCAGCACUGUGACGACAAGCCCCACGUCUGCGGUGUGUGUGGCAAGCGUUUUGCUUACGGACACAGCCUGCGGGUCCAUGAGCGGGUGCACACGGGCGACCGUCCCUUUUCCUGCGCCCUCUGCGGCAAGGCUUUCAAACAGUCAAAUGCCUUGGCCUCGCACGAGCGUGUGCACACUGGGGAGCGGCCCUUUGCCUGCCCGACCUGCGGCAAAGCUUUCAAGCAGUCGUCCUACUUAGCUAUCCACACACGCUCACACACUGGUGAACGCCCCUACGCUUGCGAAGCAUGCGGGAAGGCCUUUUCACGGCCCUCACUCCUCUUGCAGCAUCAGCGUGUCCACAGCACUGAGCGGCCUCACCGGUGCCAACACUGUGGCAAGCUUUUCAAAGACCUGGCCUACCUGACCGUCCACGAGAAGGUUCACACAGGAGAGACCCCCUACAAGUGCCCAGUCUGUCAGAAGGGCUUUGCACAUCCCUCGAACCUGCUGCAGCACCAGCGGAUACACCGGGAUGGAUAGAAAGAGGGACUUGGGUGCCAAUAUCUUGGUAUUAAGAGACUUGUGACCAUGCAGUUCUCUCGCCCGGUCCAGCGUGCGCACUGUGAUGGACGGAAAGUGCCACUUGCAUGCCUUUUGCACAUCCACCAGUAUGUGGUCCCACUUUGCUGUGUGUGCAUUGUGUACAAAUGCACUUGAAAUUCGUUCUCACCUUUGUUUAGCUCCCCACAGUAGUCUGUGCUUUGUAAUAAAUAAUCGUUUCAAGGGAAA